UCUUCUUUCCUGGGAUCAACCUGAUUCUACUGAUGAGACUGGUUCAUUUCCCUGUUCCUCCUUCUUUCUUGCUAUUUCGUACAAUUUUUACCAAAACUAUUUUCCCCCUGUGGUUGCUGCUGAAGCGGUGAAGCAGUGAUUUGGUAAUGUGGUCGUUGGGCUCCUAGCCCCGUUGAUAUUACCAUUUUAUCUCUUCUAUUCCUCUUCGUUUCUUGCUUCUUCCUCUGUUGUCAGAGAGUAAGUGAGCUGGGGGGAUUGGUUGUACCUUUGUAGAGCACCGAUUGUGGUCUAUCUUCUUUGUCAUUCAUUUUCUUUUCCCUUUUUUUUUCUUCCUUUCCAUUUUCCACACCACACGAUUUUUCUUUUGGGCAAUGGGUUUAGUCUUAUCUUUUGAGCUUCCGUACAUUCGCUCCCUCAUUUUUUUCCUCUCAUCUGUCUCUCCUCUUCGGAAACUGGUGCUCCAUUACAAAACCUCAAAUCAGCUGAAAUACAAGCCGAAAAGAAGAUAAGCCUAAAUCCAUGGAAGCUCAUAACAGUAACAACGAUUUCACAGUAGGAUGCAUACUCUCCAUCAAGACCCCUCUUGGAGAAGAAUUUCAAGGCCAAGUCUUGACCUCUGACCGCUCAUCCAACAUACUUGUUCUUAAAGAAGGAAUAAAUUCAGGGUCACGGCCAAACAGGAAUAUUAGGCUAUUGAAAGCCAAUUACAUCAAGGAGUUUACUUUUUUGGGUCAUGGCAAGUUGAGUUGGAGGCUGAAAGAUUUAGGAUUGCUGUUACAGCUGAAGCUCAGAGCAUUUUUUAUGCUCUGUCCAAAACGGACUAGACCAUCAUGGGUGGGGCUUGAGGCAGCUGCUUGGUUGCAAAUAGCAUCCGGGAAUGCAUCCACUUUUCCUCUCUACUCCCACUCACUCAAAUCAGUUCUGGGAUUUAACCAGCAUGCUUGGGGUGGCUAAUGAUAUUGGGGAAAACAUGGGUUUGCUUCCAGGCCAUGCUUACAAGAAGUUUCCACCUUUGGUCAUUCUCCCUAUUGGCGCUUUUGCAUGUUUCUUCGGUUUUGGGGUUCUCUGGCUUGCUCUGUCCAGGACUAUUCCUUCGUUUCCUCAUUGACUGGUAACAUUCGUUUCCUGGUUUUUCUUGGGAAAAAAUUGCUCAUCUUAAUUUGAUUGCCUCCUUUUUAUUUGGAUAA